AUGGGCUUUGUCAUUCAUUCAAACCACAAUUGUUCACAAUAUCUUGUGUUUCACACCCAUGCCAGAGUAAAUCCUGGAAGACAUGGCUUGAGCAUUUGUAUCAACAUCAAUCCAGACUACCCUGCAUCACUUAUCCGCGCUUCUCUAGACCAUUUCCGCAUACUUUACGCACCUCUAAACGAAAUCUCAAUCGUCGGUGCUACAGACACACAACAAGCUCGAGAUAUAGAAGCUUCGAUCCCAGCUCCACGUAAUGUCGCUACCGACUCAACAUUCUCCGAGGUGCUACCGCACAUCGUCGACAUCAUACACCUCGCCGACGUCAAGUCUCAGGAAGGGUUUGGUACUUGCAUACCGAUGCUAUAUGAGCAAGCCCGCGCAAUGAUCCUCAAUAUAUCCUACAACGACAAAACUGCCUGGAGCGGCUGGAUGACCGACGCCGCAGCGCCAUCUUCGCACUUCGAGUUGCUCAUCUUGUGCGUGAGCACUACGAACUUUAGGGUGCACCGCCUGCGCACGCGUGGCAGUUUUGUGUUUUCGGAUCCGGAUCUAACGAUUGCGCAGCAUAUGGGUCAGGAUAGUGUGGCGCUGAUUGAGGAGACGGGAGUAAGGGGUGAGUCGUUCCCAGAUGCGAGUGUGCUGCAUUUCGGGUUGGGGCUGCUGAUUGAGAGUCGACAUUAUGUACGCCGUAUGUCUCGCGAUAAACGAGUCUUGUUCCGCGCGGCGUAUAAGAUGUGUGAGAUGAUUUUGGGCUUAGACUAUAGUGGUCGAUUCGAUACUACUGUUACGGCUACUAUUGAUGACUUUGCUAGAUGGUAUGGCAGACACCUUAAGCCGGUAAAGUGGCGCGUACAUGAGAGUCUUGUUCCUCAGGUGCUGCGGAGCAAGGGGGUGUUGGACAGGAUGAAGAAUGCGUCGCUUCUGACACAGGAGGAAUUGGAUCGGUACCUCAUCAUUGAUACUUUGAAGAUGGAGGCAGGAGCGCAGGGAGAUUUCUAUCUUCUCUGA